AUGGGGAAAGCCCACGUGCUCGAUUUGCAAAGCACCCUCGAGUUUGGCCCAUGCUUUCCUGCCACCCCCCACUCCGAAAAACACCCCAUGGACACCAACCUGCGCUUGGUGCUGGCUGGGUGCUGCCGGCUGCAUUGGCAGGGUCGUCAUAGCAACUCUGCCAAACUCCUGCGCAAAGGGUCACGGGAAAGCGGACGGGAGAGCUGGAGAACUGAGCGGCUGCGAGCAGAGACAGAUGCUGGUGGGAUGGGGGCUCAUCCCGCAUGUCCCACGGUGAGAAUGAGGGAUGCAGUCAGAGCUGGGCUCCUCCACGGAGCCACCAAGCGCAUGACGUUCUCUGGAGCAACGUGUCUUCGAGUUAAGGAUUAUCCAGCAGAAUAUAGAAUGCUGAUAAGCAAUGAGUGCUUCAUCUCUGGUUGGUUUGCUUACAUGUGCAGCAGCAGAAGCCUGGAAAUGAAAGCACUAAUUACGGUACUGGAAACGCACAAAGUUUACAGGCAGAAACUGGAGGAAGUCACCAGCUUGCAGACAGCCUGCAGUAGCUCCAUACACCGGCAGAAGAAGACACUAAGGGAUCUGAAGCACAGCCUGCAACGGUGCAAACCCAGAGCGAGUCCUGAAGAGUUUGCUCUCAUUCAGGAGAUCAGCACCCAGAUCAAGGAGAGGCAAAAUGCCUUCUUCGACAUGGAAGCCUACUUGCCGAAGAAGAACGGCUUGUACUUGAAUCUGGUGCUGGGAAAUGUGAAUGUAACUCUCCUGAGUAACCAAGCAAAGUUCGCCUAUAAGGAUGAAUAUGAGAAGUUCAAACUUUAUCUGACGAUAAUCUUGUUACUUGGGGCCGUCACCUGCAGGUUUAUUCUCCACUACAGGGUGACAGAUGAAGUGUUUAACUUUCUGUUAGUGUGGUAUUACUGCACGCUGACGAUACGGGAAAGCAUUCUCAUUAGCAAUGGAUCCAGGAUCAAAGGCUGGUGGGUGUCUCAUCACUACGUUUCCACGUUCCUGUCUGGGGUGAUGUUAACGUGGCCAGAUGGACUCAUGUAUCAAAUGUUUCGCAGUCAAUUUUUAGCGUUUUCAAUAUUUCAGAGUUGCGUUCAGUUCCUACAAUAUUAUUAUCAAAGGGGCUGCCUUUAUAGACUCCGUGCUUUGGGGGAGAGAAACCACUUGGACCUUACAGUAGAAGGAUUUCAGUCCUGGAUGUGGCGGGGGCUGACGUUUCUCCUUCCCUUCUUGUUCUUUGGGCACUUCUGGCAGCUAUAUAAUGCAGUCACGCUUUUUGGGUUGUCGAGGCAUAAGGAGUGCAAAGAAUGGCAGGUUUUCGUGUUGGCUUUCACGUUUCUGCUGCUCUUCCUCGGGAACUUCCUCACUACUCUCAAAGUGGUGCACACUAAACUCCAGAAAAACAAAGACAAAAUGAAGAAGCUGUGA